AUGUCUGAAGUUAAAAUUAAUCCAGAUUUGCUGAUAAUACUAGUGGGAUCAGUCAUAAAUAAAAGUAUAAGUGAAUAUAAAGGUCCUUAUAGAGACUGUAAAGCUUUAUUACCCGCUGAUGAAUUUAUUAAAACUUUAAAUGACAUAACAUUAGAAUAUACUCAAAAGUUUCCAAAUAAUGAUAUAAACUUCCCACCAAUUGAUAUCAAAUUAUUAUCGUUCAUCAUCAAAAAAACAUUGUUUUUUAAAUUUGUUAACGUAACUAAUGAUUAUGUUAUUGUCGAAAUUUUACCAAAUGGUUAUGAAAAUAUAUUGAAGAAUAUCGUAGCUACAUCAACCUUGAGGUAUGCAAAGUUUUUAUUACAUGCAGCCAAAGAAUUUUAUAAAAACAGAAAAGAAACAGAAUUGGAACCUGUACUCACAAAGGAAGUACCUGAGGAAUCAAAAGAGGAAGUUAUAGUAGAAAAAGUACCAGAAUUGCAGAAAAUAGAAGAACCGAUGGAAGCUCAAGAAGAAACUAAAGUUGUUGAGCAAGAAAAACAAAGUGAAUCAGAAACAAAAGAGCCCAAAGAAAUGGUGGAGGGAAAACCUGAAUCUGGACAUGCACAAGAAGAAAUCGAAGAAGAAGAAUCGCCCGAAUUAGAAGUGGAUUCGACACCUAAAGAAAUUGAAGAGGAACGAAAAGAAGAAGAGGUUAAAAAAGAUGUUGACCUAAAAGAGAAGAUAGAGGAAGCUGAGUCUAAGCAAUUAAAUGAAAAUGAUAAGGAAGAAGUACAAAAUGUUGAAGAAAAAGAAGAAUUGGAAGUAGAACCAGACCAGCCUAAAGUUUCACCAAUACCGGAAGCAUCACCACAACCAGAACAAUUUUCUAGUCCUGAAGAAUCUACAACACCCAAAGACACUAGAAAACGAUCAAAAUCACCAGCACCAUUUCAAAAACAUAAAAGAUUUCAAAAUAUUGCAGUCAAUUUGUUAAAUACAAUUUCUGAACAUAGAUUUUCAUCACCUUUCUUACAAGCUGUAAACAAAAGAGAUGCUCCAUAUUAUUGUGAUGUAAUAUUACAACCAAAAGAUUUAAAAACUAUAACGAAAGCAGUAAAAUCAAAGACUGACCAUCCACAAUAUACAAAAAUUAAACAAUUGGAAAAAGAUUUAAUGUUGAUGUUUGCAAAUUGUGUAAUGUAUAAUAGAAGUGAUGAUGAAUUAGUUAAAUUGACAAGAUCAAUGAAGAAUGAAAUUAAUGAAAUAUUUAAGAUGUUUAAAGAAGCUGAACAGGAAAUUAAAUAG